ACUAUCUGCAGGGCUUACCAACACUUAUUACUUCCGCGCUUGUUUUUAUUGGACGAAAUUUAUUUUAUUUAAAAGCAUACUAAAGCAAAAUGGAUGACGAUAUUCCUGCAUUUGAACUUGGAGACAAAUUAGCUAUGCGGUGUGGCAACACUUUGACCGGCGUGUUUGUUCCCGGCUCAAAAAUUGCAUUGAGCGCAUUUCACCCGGUUAAAUGGAAUUCACAAGAUGUUCCAACCGAUUCAGCUGGCAGGGACCCAGUGCUCAUCUAUAUGGCCGAAGAGGCCUCCCUUUCGGAUGAGCCAUUGCUGCGUAGCUUGCUGGCCGAGGCAAAUUCCACAUUUGCCACUCUGCAACAGAUGGGCCACAUGAAGGUCGUCAAUUCGGAAUAUUUGAAAAUCUCCCUCACCUAUCGCAGUAUCAUCAGAGCAUUCUUGGAAAAGGUGGAGUUGGCCAAGAAGUCAAUAGAUGUUCAGCCAUCGCAAAUAAAGCGUUACAACGAAGCCAUUAUGGUAUUCUAUGCGGUGGAGUGUCUAUGGCAUCUCUUUGAGAUUUUGUAUAUGGAACAACAACAGCAUAAUCAAUUGGUGGUCCAAAAAUUACUGCAAUGGGCACGUUUCCAUUUCCCACAAACUGAAGAUCGAGCCACUGAUCUGCUCCUGAUGGCCGAUGAGGCUAGCGAUUGCGAUGACUAUUGGCCUAUCCUGAGGACUUUGCUAAUGUUUGGUGAAGUGGAUGUUACGCGUGCCAUUCUCUGUCAGAGUCGCAAAGCCCGCGAACCGGCAUAUCAAGCAGCAGAGCUAAUUCUUAAAUCCAUGCCCGUCUAUAAGGAGGGAUAUGCUCUGCAAAAGUUUCUCUCCCAAUGGGAGUUCUGGCAUUUAGAUCUGGAACGCAAAUUGCAGGCUAAUAUAUUUGCUUCCGAACCGGAACUGGAAUGGUUACUCCAACUGGUUUGUGGCAACAAUGAGCAAUGGAAUGCUGGCAUUAAGACAUCACAGGAUUGGUAUGAAUUUCUGCCUGGUUAUUUACUCUAUACAAAACCUGCCUGUAAACCAUUUGAGCUAAGGAUUGUAGCCACCAGUUGGCUGAAUCGUUGGUCUCAACUAAAGCCUGACUGGCAGAUGAGCAAUAUGAGCCGCAUGGUCAUGCAAUUGAUGGAGCAUGAUAUUAAGGUUUUCAUCUAUGAUUCCCAGAAGCUAAAUGAUACUCAUUGGUUUUCUACACAUCUCAUUGAUUUGGUCUAUCAAUCGGGACAUCUGAAGAGCUACUUCGAACAGAAUUCCUUAGAUUUACCCGCAUUGCGUCAUUCCAUGAUCUAUGAGUAUGGCAGUUACUUAAUGACCUCAAAGAAUCUUUGGCAAUUUGGUGUGGAUUAUCUCGACUGUUGCCAGAAGGAAGGAGAAGCUGCCAUUGAAUUAUUAUUGCCACGCAUUCCUCUGAAAACUGAACGUCAGGCUUUUAAAAUUAUCUCCUUAGCACGUCAGCGGGGAUUAUUGGGUGUAGAGCAGGAGAUCUGUAAGGUCCUGUCUAAACGAUCCACACAAGAGGGACGUCAUGGGAAUGCCCUGGAAUGGGCCAUACGAUCCAAAGAUGUUAUUUUGGUGACUGCCAUAGCUGACUUUAUAUUGCAGCAUUACUCCAAUACGGGUAUAAUGCUGUGUCCCGAUGUAUUGGCCAGCUUUGGAGCACGUAUGUUUAUCUCACCCAGAUUGGUUUUUCUGGCCAAAUACUAUGAAUUCUAUGAACUUUAUCGCAAACGUGAAUUUCUCUCGGCGGCUGAUCUUUUGGUUAAUCUUCUAGACUCUAAAAUAACACCAGAUUAUUUCUGGCCAUCUUUGCUAAUUGAUGCUGUUCCCAUGUUGGAAUCAAAAGAUCCCAAAAUCUUCUCUCAAGAGACGGUGGCUAUAUUAAGACACUUGGAGACGGAAUUGGUUCCCCUCAUAGAGCGUAAUAAACGUAAAACGGCAACCUUUUCAAAUCAAUCUUCAAAAACAGUUUUUAAAGAUUUUCGUGUGGAGAAUAUAGAGGAGAUUCUAAAUUUAAUGCGUUUGGCCUGCGCCCGUAAUCUUUCACGGGCUCUAAUCAUAGAAAAGACAUUAUCAUUAUGAUUGGUUUAUUCAUUCAUUCUUUUUCUUUGCAUUAAGUGUAAUUUAUUUUUCUGUAAUUUUACGCUUUUCCAAUACAAUGGUAAUUUGUUUAUAAA